GUGGCGUUAUAAAGUCUCAGGUCUCCUGUUUUAUAUAAACACAUUACACUGCAGAAAAUGUCGUCAGAUGUACAGACAUUAAUGGAAAUGGGAUUUUCCAAAAAUAGAGCUGAAAAGGCUUUGGCAAAGAGCGGCUACAAGGGUGUUCAGCUGGCCAUGGAUUGGCUGUUUGCACAUGAAGACGAUCCUGAUAUUGAUGAGCCAUUUCAAGCACCUCCACCCCCUCAAGGAAAUGUUUUAGGAAAACCAGAUGAUAGCUCUGGACCUUCACAGUCUGAAGCCACAGAAGCCAGUGCUAAUGCGGGUGGAGAACCAGUUCAUGCCAUGUCAAUCAAAUGUGAUGUUUGCGGAAAACUUCUGAAAAAUGAGAUGGAUGCUCAGGCUCAUGCAGCUCGAACACAACACGACAGCUUCUCAGAAUCCACUGAAGAAAUCAAACCUUUAACUGAAGAAGAGAAGAAAGUACAGCUUGAAAAGCUACAAGAAAGAAUAAAACAGAAAAGACUGGAAAGAGAGGAACAAGAGAAAAAGGACCAACUAGAAAGAGAAAAAUCAAGACGAAAAACGGGGAAAGAACUCAUAGACAUCAAACAGAAAAUGGAAGAGCAAGAGAUGAAGAAAAUUGCUGAACAAAGGAGGAGAGAGAAAAUGGAAGAAAAACUUGCAAGACAGAGAGUGAAGGAGCAAAUUGAGAAAGAUAAACGAGACAGAGCAGCAAAGUUUGGUUCAGGUGGACAGCCCGCGGCAGCAGCACCUAACCCUGUGACCUCACCCACUGCUGCUCAGCCUUCACAGGCUGCUGAAAAGAAGGACUACACUGAGUGUAGAUUACAGAUCAGGUUAACAAAUGGACAAGCACUGACGCAGAAAUUUUCAGCUAAAGAACCACUGGCAGCUGUGCGUUUAUAUAUAGAGACUAACAGAACUGAUGGUUCUGGACCAUUUACCUUAAUGACCAACUUCCCUAAAAAGGUUUUUCAAGGAGAGGAUUAUGAAAAACCUUUAGAUGUUUUAGGUUUAGUACCAUCUGCUGUACUUAUGGUCAAAGGACAGUGAUCCAUGAAGACUUUUAAUGUGCCAAGAAAAGUUCUAUCCUAUUGUGAAAGUCAUCUGUUCAAUGAAUAUUACUUUGUUUACAUAUUAAUGUAAAAUUUCUGAUCAAUUCACUUUAGCCCUUAAAACUGAGUGAAAACUGGUAAACUCCAAACAUAAUGUUUAAAAUACCGGUAUACAAAUUUGAGCAUGAUUUAUCAUCUAGAAUUUGUUCAAUUAAAUUAUUUGUUGACAUGAAA